UUUACCAUAUAGCAGCUCUCACUUUAAAACCAGCAUCAGUCUUACAGAAACGCUCACAAACUAUACAGUCUGAAGAUUAACCUGAGUACGACUACAGGGCAGCAUGUCUAAUAUUGCAAAAGUUCUUUCUAGGAGGCAGGAGAGAGGAGAAGGAGUGGGAACAAACAAGAAGGCAAUUCCCUUCAAGAAGCAGGACUACCAGAGCCUGAAGCAGGAGUGUCUGGCCAAAAGAACCCUGUUCUGUGACCCAACCUUCCCUGCUGAAUCCAGCUCUCUGGGAUACAACGAACUUGGACCGCAGUCCCCGAAUGCCAGAGGAGUGCAGUGGAAAAGACCUAAGGAGCUCUGUUCAAACCCUCAGUUCAUUGUGGAUGGCGCCCAGCGGACAGACAUUUGCCAAGGAGAAUUAGGUGACUGUUGGUUACUGGCGGCUAUUGCAUCUUUGACUCUGGAAAAUGAGAUUCUGGAACGCGUAGUUCCACCUGGACAGAGUUUUAAAGAGAACUAUGCUGGGAUCUUUCACUUUCAGUUCUGGCAGUAUGGUGAAUGGGUAGAUGUGGUCAUUGAUGACCGACUGCCCACCAGAGAUGGGAGGCUAUUGUUUGUUCAUUCAGCCGAGCGCUCUGAAUACUGGAGUGCCCUUUUCGAAAAGGCCUAUGCAAAGUUAAAUGGCUCAUAUGAAGCUCUGGCGGGAGGUUUGUCCAAUGAGGGUUUUGAGGAUUUCACUGGAGGCAUCGCUGAGAUGUAUGUGCUAAACAAAGCUCCUCCACACCUGUUUAAGCUCAUGCAGAAAGCACUGAGGCGGAGAUCGUUAAUGGGCUGCUCCAUUAAUUGCCCAACAAGUCACCACCCCACUGAGAGGAGCAACAGCCUGAGCCCACCACAGACGGAGAGAAUGCUUCAGCCUGAUGCCCACAUCGAGCUAGAGGGGACACUGUCCAAACAGGUGUGCGUGCCGGCUGUCUCAUCCAUCGCCAAGGGAGUACUUGUGGAAUUCGAGGAUAUGGAUGCAAGCCCCUCCCACCACUGA